GACGCUUCUCUUCUCAGCAGAGAGAGAGAGAGAGAGAGAGAGAGAGAAGCAACAAUGGCGGGGGGUUCGGCAUCGCCCGGAACCCUAAACCCUAGCCUCGUGAAGGUCCUUCUCGCGGUGAUGGCGCUCAGUAUCGCAACCUACAUACUCGGCCCUCCACUUUACUGGCACCUCGCUGAAGCCCUCGGAUCAUCGUCCUCCUCUUGUCCCACUUGCUCUUGCGACUGCUCCUCCCAACCCCUUCUCUCCCUGCCUGAAGAAUUGGGCAAUGUCUCCUUCACAGAUUGUGCUAAGCGUGACCCAGAGGUCAGUGAAGAAAUGGAAAAGAAUUUCACCGACCUCCUGUUAGAGGAACUAAAACUAAAAGAACAAGAAGCAACAGAAGCUCAGCGGCGCUCUGAACUAAUGUUGCUUGAAGCCAAAAAAAUGGCAUCCCAAUAUCAAAAGGAAGCCGACAAGUGCAGUUCAGGGAUGGACACAUGUGAAGCAGCCAGAGAACGUGCAGAGGCUACACUAAUUGAACAAAGGAAACUGACUGCAAUGUGGGAGAUGAGAGCUCGGCAACGAGGAUGGAAACAAUCUUAAGGUCACAAAGUAACCAGCUCAACUUCUUCAAUACUCUGAAACCUACUCAAGAGUAGUCACUCAGGUUGCUUCUCAAAGAGAAGCACUAAUAUUAGUGAGAGCUUUCUAUGUUUUAUACCACAUUACUUCUGUUCAUUGUUAUUUGUUUGCUUGGUGAUUUUACUUUGUUCCUCUUUAGACUUUGUAGUUUAAAGUUUUUUGAAUCCCUGAGAUGCUGUUUGUUGUUGUCUCAAAAUUGUAGUGUUUGUUCACUUCUUGUGAUACUAAAUUAUUUUUAUAUUCA